ACAUCUGUCAAACUGACGACAAAAAGUGAAUUUCAAACGUUCGCCCAAAAUUUAUAUUUUGUUAAUUCUUGUAUGAAAUCCUUAUAGAUAUAGACGAAAAUGCAUGAAUUUUGUAAGAUUAUUGUCUGUCUGUCUAUCAUCUUCGCCUUGACGCCCUACGCGUCUGCGAUAAAAUGUUGGAAUUGCCGAUCAAAUAAUGAUCCCAAGUGCGCUGACCCCUUCGACAACAGCACUGUCCCCAUAACGGACUGCGUGCAAGAAAAGGGACUGCCUCAUUUGCCGGGCGUGAGGCCGACUAUGUGUCGCAAAAUUAGACAAAAAGUAAACGGAGAAUGGCGUUACUUCAGAGACUGCGCUUACCUCGGUGAAGUGGGCAUCCAAGGGGACGAGAGAUUCUGCCUAAUGAGAACUGGUACUUACAACAUAUUCCUAGAGUACUGCACAUGUAACAGUAAAGAUGGCUGUAAUGCAUCAUACAUGAUCACACCAACUCCUCUGAUGUUGCUGUUGUUAGUUGGCAUCAGUUGCUUAUUGAAAUUGUUUUCUUAGUAUACAUUGCCAAGUGACAUUAUUUUAGAUCUACCGAAACAUCACUUCCAUAGUUUCAUAAUAAUAUCCAAUCAUCGAUUUGCUGUUUUUUGAAACAUUUAAUAGAUGUUUAUUUGUUUAACCCAUAACCACUGACAUGUUUGGUAGCAAGUUAUCAAAACCAUGUAGUCAUAACAUUAGGCACUGGUCCCACCGCGAGCCAGUAAGCUAUGAGUUAUCGG